CGUCCGAUGCUGCAUUUGAAACUAGUUCCAGUUCCACUGCACUGUAAAGUUUCCGAAAUUAGUUCAUCGUCAAAACGUUCGGUUUCUAAAGCAAAUUCAACAACUCGGGAUUUAAUAAUUUGUUUAAAAUAUAACAGGCAAUCGAACUGUUGAAAAACCAAAACUUAAACCAUGCCAAACAGCAAGGAAACAGGAACUGAUCCCGAUCCUGUGGAUGAUCUUAAGUUAAGCGGUCGCGAUAGCGUCGCCUUGAAGGAUCUACUGCAGAAGCGACUUCUGGAGUGCGGAUGGCGCAAGGACAUUGAGGAAAUGAUACGCCACACCAUCGAGGAGCGAGGAGUGGCCAACUUGACCCGCGACCAACUGGCUGCCGAAAUAGUCCCUCAUGCUCGCGCUUUGGUGCCUGAUGUCAUCAAAAAGGAGAUGCUGAUGCGCGUGCGCGCCGCCCUGGAAUCCUCGCUUCCCCCGGAGAACUGAUUUCCCAUCAAGACCCAUCCAGAAUGUCGAGUUCAGCUGAGCAUUUACCGCAUUAAAACCGCACGUCCUAAAUUCUAGCACAUGUGUUUGUGUUUUAUUAUCGUAUUUAAGUAGAUAUUUACAUACGUAAGCUAGUUAUGAAUUGCGCCAUUAGUUAUACAAUAUGCAUGUAAUAAAUAAACAACCUAAUUGUAGUUAGAA